UUUCCAGGAGUGAGUGAUAUAGCUAGUUAGGAAGAGUUGCUUCUACUAGCUUAACUGAGACUGAUCAAAUGGCCGGGGAGAUGAAGGGUUUCGACGAAUGGAAGCCUUUCAUUGCUAUGGUAGCCAUAGAUUUUUCGUUUGCCAUAGUGAAUAUUCUGCUGAAGAAAGUGCUUGAUGAAGGAAUGAACCAUUUGGUUCUCAUUACGUAUCGGUUGACAAUUUCGACCAUCUUCUUGGCUCCAAUUAGCUACUUUUGGGAAAGGAAUAGUAGACCAAAGCUCACACCAAGGAUUGUGUGUUACCUCUUCCUGAGUGCCAUUGUUGGGUCAUCCAUAACACAGUACUUCUUUCUCCUUGGAAUCCAAUACACAUCUGCUACUUUUGCUUGUGCCUUUGUCAACAUGGUGCCUAUGGUCACAUUCAUCAUGGCAUUACCGUUCGGGAUAGAGACGGUGGACUUGAAAUGCAACAGUGGUAGAGCCAAAGUACUCGGAACACUGGUGUGCUUAUGCGGUGCAGUGAUAUUGACACUUUACAAAGGAGUUCCUUUGUUUGAUCAUUCGAAAUCUACGGGUACUCAAAUUACCAUGAUGGAUCAUGGUAUCAAGCUUAGCAGCACCAGAAAUAAAGAGAGAUGGACUAUUGGUUCAGUAGCUUUGGUUGCAGGAACUCUGUUAUGGUCUUCAUGGUUUCUAGUACAAUCAAACAUAAGCAAGCUAUAUCCAUGUCAGUAUUCCAGCACUACUAUAAUGAACUUCUUCGGUGCCAUUCAGUCAGCAAUCUUAGGUUUGUGCACUAGUAGAAACCUCUCCGUGUGGGUUCUGAGGGGAAAGGCUCAAGUCCUCACUGUCAUGUUUGCUGGGAUGAUAGCAUCAGGCUUGGGCUUUGUGGGGAUGUCAUGGUGUGUGAAGAAAAGGGGACCUGUGUUUACUGCAGCAUUUAGCCCCCUUGUUCAGAUUAUGGCUGCGAUGAUCGGAAUCCCAAUGUUUCAUGAACAACUCCACGUUGGAAGCUUGUUGGGGUCUAUCAUUGUGAUAAUUGGCUUGUACAUUCUUCUCUGGGGAAAGAAAAAAGAAAUGCAGAAGUGUAAGUUAGAAGAAGCCCAAGAAGCCGAAGCGAUGAAGGAGCAGGAGCAACCACCGCUGCCAGUCACCAUCAGAGUCUCUGUUGAUGAUGAUUCAAGGUGUCCAUGAAGCCAAGUCACACAUGGUUUCUUGUAGAAAAGGCUUCCUUUUUUUUCUUAUCCUCCCAGUUGAUUUGUUAUCAUAUAUAUAUCAUCUUCUAG